GUUGAAGAUCACGUGGAAAUACUACUAGGCUGCACAUUUCACCUCUGCCCCGGGGCAGCCUCUUCAGUAAGAAAUAUCAUCAGUGCAUGGCUGGACUCCUCGCCCCACCCUAUGGUGUGAUGGAAAGUGGUUGCAGUGCUGACAGUAAGUAGUCCUGCACCACUGUUUACAUUUCUGAGUGGUUUAGACUUACAUUACAUUUUAGUCAUUGUUACCUGUGUUAAACUCCACAUAGGACAGGCUGUGGUAGAUUUGAAAAAAUUAAAAAUGUUUAUGAACUUUGAAUUAUAUUUGACUCCAGAAUGAUUUUCAACAAAAUAUUUGACUGUAAAAUACAGAAGAGUUCCUUAAGUUUAAGUUUAGGCUCCAAGUUAGAUUUACGUAUUAUUUUAUAUCAUUACAACUCAAAAAAAAAUUAAAGUUAGUAAGAGUUAAAGUACCUCAAAUCUGUAUGAUGUGCCCAUUAGAUAUUAUUGCUUUACAAAUAACCUUAGAGACAUAUUAUGAAAUUUUAAAAUGAGUGAAAUUUAUUUUAAGGCUUAUGUGCAGAUACUAUUCAGUGUAGUACAACAUAGAUUCUUCUUUUGUACAAUAUGUAAUAAUAGUUUUAUCUGCCUAACUCCAUCACUGUCUGACCCUUCUUUAUCUUCUUGCAUUGUGAUAAAGGCUGAAACUUUUAUUUAUGCUUUUCUGUUGCAAGUUAACUCAAUAUUGACUUAGCUUUGCUUAAACAGAGCACUUAACUUGCUUCAAAGUCAUGUACCAUAAAAAUGAUGAACAGCAGUGUGCAGGGAGAGAAUCCAGAGCCUGCUGGUUUACUGGCAGUGGGUUUUACAGUAUAGUGUUAGCGAUAGUGUUUAUUUUUAAGGAUAGUUCAUAAAUGAUUAACACAUUUUCAGAAAAAUGUUUCUCUAUUUUAUGUUGCAAACAAAGUCAGCUUUUACACAAGUCACAGUCUGAAUCCCCACUUAUUGUAAACUUAGGAUUUGAUUAACUGAUAUUUGUGUUUUGGGCUGCUUUUAAAAGUGGAUGUGUCUGCUUCAGAAUUCAUCACUGUCAUGUGCUUUGGAGCGGUACAGUAACAGCAGCGCUCUGAGUAUUUCUGCAACAUACAGUACAGUACUUAGGGGAUUUACAGUAUGCACUCAAUACAUGAAUACGCCAAAAUAGAAGUCACACGAGCAUCAAGCAGCUGGUGGCUGAUGCACUUUGCUGUAUAGUACAUGCACAGCAGCUUAGUGGUUUUGUAACUGUAGCAGCUGAGUCAAAUGAAUUAAACAUGUUUUAAAUAGUUUUCUUAGUCACAAAAACACUAGGCUUUUACAGCACUUUUGUAUUAACAGGUAGAUGCUUUUAAAAUCUGCAUUGUUUCGUUCACUUCAGUCAUGCACUCAGUACUACUCUACCUGAACAGCUUUUAAACUACACUUGUUUGUCACAAGUUAUCAGCUGCAGUGAAACCACUUAUCUUUCAGUUCUUGAAAUAUUCAGACCAAAAGGACUUUUCUUCACUUUUGAUUUUUGUAAGACUAAUGUUGGAUUCACCUCUCACAUUCUUACUGUACGCUACAUCCCUACUAAUGGCAGAAUUGGUGUGACACUUGAAUGAGUGGCAUGAUGUCACAUGCAGCAGCAUGACAGCUUCACAAAUAAAAUGAUGGACAGCUGUGUUAACUUCUCAGUGCAACAAAAAACAAGCACAAAUUCUAUACAGAUGCAUGGCAUAUAAAUAGAAAUACAUUCUAAGAGUGUGCAAGAAGAUGACAAUAUUCCUUUACAAAAGUGUUCCAGCAGUUACAAAUAAAUCUUUUCCCCCAGCAAAAAGAAUUCAUACUAUCCUUAGCACCACAUAUAGGUGCUUCUGUUAUAUAGGUUGCUUGCCAGUGCUUUUCUCAGAAUGAUCCGUGUGAGCAUUUGCUGAUCUGGCGCCCCUAUUGGAACAACACAAUUAUUUAUACAGUUGUGACUGAGCAGCCAUGACUGAUUAGGCUAUUUGUCCUGGAGGGGAGCAGUACAGUACAAGCUUAAAGCUCCAAACACUGAGAAAUAACCCCACCCCUCUAACAAACCCUCUACAGGACUGUCACAUACAUACAUACAGGACACACACAUAUAAACACUGGUAGUAUUUCUUUAUUGGUUUCCUUUUUUUUUUAUCUCUGUAGAGAAACACCCGUAACCCAGUGCUACAGGACAGCUUAUUUGGUGGGAUGAAUUGCUCAGUACUGAAUCUUGAGUUUUAAGACUGAGACUUUUUUUUUUUUAACAUGUGGCCCUGCAGGGUUUCUCUCAUACAUUUUUCUGAGGGUAGAUAGAGGAGGUUUACCCAGUAUAUUGUAACAUAUCUUCUGUUCUUCCCACCCAGGAAUGCCUGACAAAGAGAACAUAAGCAACAACUGUCUGUCUGUCUCCAAACAUCAGAAUAAGAAGUCAUUCAUUGAAAGUCCAGCCAAACCCCACCCCAAAUGCAUUUCUCAGGUGCCCUCGGAGAAGAUCUUGCAUGCUGGGAAGAUUCUCCGUAAUGCCAUCCUCUCCAGGGCGCCUCACAUGAUCCGAGACAGGAAGUACCAUCUGAAAACAUAUAGGCAGUGUUGUGUGGGGACAGAGUUGGUUGACUGGCAAAUGCAGCAGAGCUCGUGCGUCCACUCUCGUAUUCAGGCUGUGGGCAUGUGGCAGGUGCUGCUGGAAGAAGGUGUUCUCAACCACGUGGACCAGGAGCUGAGCUUCCAGGACAAGUAUCUCUUCUACCGUUUCCUGGACGAUGAACAGGAAGAUGCCCCUUUGCCCAGUGAGGAGGAGAGGCAGGAGAGCCAAGAGGAGCUGCAGGACACUCUGCUCCUCCUCUCGCAGAUUGGACCUGACGCCCACAUGAGGAUGAUUCUGAGGAAACAUCCAUCUGAACGAACAGCAGAUGAUUUAGAGAUAAUUUAUGAAGAGCUGCUCCAUAUAAAGGCCUUAUCUCAUCUAUCCACCACUGUAAAGAGAGAACUGGCAGGAGUGCUCAUCUUUGAGUCCCAUGCAAAGGCAGGAACAGUGUUGUUCAAUCAAGGGGAGGAGGGCACAUCAUGGUACAUUAUUCUGAAGGGCUCAGUCAACGUUGUCAUCUAUGGAAAAGGUGUUGUGUGCACGCUUCAUGAAGGAGAUGACUUUGGGAAGCUGGCUCUUGUUAAUGACGCCCCCCGCGCUGCUUCCAUUGUCCUGCGAGAGGACAACUGUCAUUUCCUCAGAGUAGACAAAGAGGACUUCAACAGGAUUUUGAGAGAUGUGGAGGCCAACACGGUGCGUUUGAAGGAGCACGGUCAGGAUGUUCUGGUGUUAGAGAAGAGUCUCAGCAGCAGUCGAACCUCCAUCCAGGGAGCCUCAUCCUCCCAUUACAAAUACAAAGUAAUGUCGGGGACGCCGGAGAAGAUUUUGGAGCACCUCCUUGAAAUGAUGCGAUUGGAUUCUCAAUUCACAGAGUCAGACUCAGCCUUAGAUGACUUUGUGCUCAUGCACUGUGUCUUCAUUCCAAACAGUCAACUAUGUCCGGUGUUGAUGGCCCACUACCAUGCCCAGGCCUUGCAGGGCUCUGAACAAGAGAAGCUGGAUUACACACUUAACAACAAGCGCAGGGUGAUCCGUCUGGUGAUGCAGUGGGCAGCUGUACACGGAGAUCACCUGCAGGAGGAGGACGUCUCGGUGGCCUUUCUAGAGGAGUUUCUCAUGGCGGUAUCUAAUGAUGCCAAAACGAUUCAAGCCCUCAGGGAUCAGGUGACAGAGCUGGAGAGAACUGUAAAGCGAAUCAUUGAAGAUGCCAGGGUUUCACAGAAAAAGCACAAAAUCCUACUGCGGCAGUUCAGUAUGGGAGAUGAGAAGCCUCAGAAACGUCAGCCCAUUAAGAGCAUUGAUGAAAUUCUGUUCAAAGUCUACUGCUGUGACCAUACCUACACCACAAUCAGGGUCCCUGUUGCCACCUCGGUCAGGGAGGUCAUCGGUGCAGUGGCCGACAAGCUGGGGUCAGCGGAGGACCUGCUCCUGGUCAGCCUCAGUUCGGCAGGAGAGAAAGUGAUCUUCAAGCCCAACGACAUUUCAGUCUUCUCCACUCUCAGCAUAAAUGGACGGCUGUUUGCCUGCCGAAGGGACCAGUUGGAUUCUUUGACCCCUUUACCAGAGCAGGAGGGUCCCUCCACAGGGUCACUGGCCAGCUUUGAGUUGAUGAGCUCUAAGGAUGUGGCUUACCACAUGACCUCCUAUGACUGGGAGCUUUUCCACUGUGUUCAUGAGCUUGAACUCAUCCACCACACGUUUGGGAGGCAAAAUGUCAAGAAAACCACAGUGAACCUGGAUCUGUUCCUGAGGAGGUUUAAUGAAAUUCAGUUUUGGGUGAUCUCAGAGAUGUGUCUGUGUUCUCAGCUCAGCAAGCGGGUGCAACUUCUUAAGAAGUUCAUCAAGAUUGCUGCCCACUGUAAGGAGUACAGGAAUCUAAACACCUUCUUUGCUAUUAUUAUGGGCCUGAGUAACCCAGCAGUGAGCAGGCUGAGUCAGACCUGGGAGAAACUUCCCAGCAAAUUCAAGAAGUUUUACAGUGAAUUUGAAAACUUGAUGGACCCGUCCAGGAACCACCGAGCGUACCGACUGACAGUUUCCAAGCUGGAGCCUCCCAUUAUUCCCUUCAUGCCUCUGCUGAUCAAAGACAUGACAUUCACUCAUGAGGGCAACAAGACUUUUAUUGACAACUUGGUCAAUUUUGAAAAAAUGCGAAUGAUAGCUAACACAGUGAAGAUAGUGAGAUACUGUCGGAGCCAGCCAUUCAGUCCAGAUUCACCUCUGGCCAGCAAGAACCACCCAGAAGUCUGGACUUACGUUCGUCAGCUCAAUGUGAUCGACAACCAAAGGACGCUAACUCAGCUGUCUCAUGGACUUGAGCCUCGCAGGUCUUGAAACCACUCAGGGACAGAAAUGUUACACUCCUAUGCUGCUUCACUACAUGACAUGUUUUUACACUGGGAUGAAUUUACUCCAACACAGGCAAUCACAUGGAGGACCUAAUGAUGUAUCACAUAAUGAGAUAUUGUUUCAGACGCCAUUGCCUGACUUGUUAAGCCUUUUAUUACAGUAAUUUGUGAUAUUUUAACAACAGUAAUUGUUGGCGGGUGAAGUACCUCUCAUUUCACUGUGCUGCAGAUAUCACCAUCAUCUCCAACUCAUAAAAAGAGGGACAAUUGAAGGAAUUAAAGAUCUUUAGGGGAUCUCAUUCAUCAGAUUAUAUGGUAACAUUUCAGAUGUAAACACUAUCUGAUACAGAUGCUUUAAAAACGCAAAGUCUCGACUAUAUUCGUGCUAUUCAGCUGUUUCAUAACUUUUGUAUCAAACAAUAUUUAUACAUAUAUAAAUUUGUGAGAUUCUUAUGUGCUGUAAAUUGUGUACAAAUAUUUAUUUUGACAUCAGCAUUCAGAUUAUGAUUGUUUGACUUUUUAUUCAUAUAAGCACAUUUCUCUUGUCUGAAUGUCUAAAAACCUUUUAUGUGCUGUGAAUAUUAAAUAUUUUAAAUGUAUUUGUGUGGCACACACACACACACACACACAGCCAUCCAGGCAAGUAAUAAUAAUCCUGAUAGUAAGAUUAACAACCACUGAUUUAGUAUCUUUAUUUAGUAUCUUCAGUAUCUUUUCAGUCACACCUAUGAUCUUGCCAUGACUGAGUUCCAGGAAAACAUGGGAUGAAAUGUAAAAGGUAUACAUUUCUGAAAAUAAACGGGAACCCCAACUGACCAGUACUCAUUUUGAAUGAGUAAAUGUGUAUAUUACUAAAUUCUAUAUUGAAAUGGAAUGAAAAAUGAAAUUUAAUUUUAAAGAGUAACAACGAGCAAAUUGCACUCUUUUGGCGGAAUGACCCAUAUAGUUUGGUAAAGCAAGCUUAUUUUAACAGGAAGUCAAUUUAAACAACUUAACCUAUACAAAAUGAAUUAAAUACUUCUAAA